AUGUGUUCUCACAAGACUUUCAGAAUCAAACAGUUUCUGGCCAAGAAACAAAAGCAGAAUCGUCCCAUUCCCCAGUGGAUUUGGAUGAAAACUGAUAACAAAAUCAGGUACAACUCCAAGAGGAGUACCUGGAGAAUAACAAAGCUGGGUCUAUAAGGCAUCGCAUAUCACGAGAUGGCACACAUAAUUGGCACACAUAUUUAAGUGGCACGAAGAUCCC